CCAUGUUUAGAUGUCGGGGAGCAUUCGGCGAGUCGGCUGAGACUGGAUCUGGUCUGGCGGGAGCGGACAAGGCACUUCCGCUCUUUGAGAAAACCGUGCACCCUGCUCUCCCAGAGCCCCGAAGCGUGUGCGCCCCCGUGGUGGGCAGCUCUGCGGACCAGACCCCCAAAAUACAGCCUUGGCUCACGCGUGACUCAGGAAUAGCUCCCGGGAGCGUGCCCCGCCCCCUGCUCCGACGUCAGCGGCAAUUGGCGGACCGGAGAGACCGAUCGCUCUCCCGACCACUCAGCACGAGGGGGCUUGUUAGUUCCGGGUCCUGGAGAGGGCCUGCUGGCAUCUGUAGCUUUUCCCUCAGUUAAAAUGGCUGUGGCUAGUCCUCCUCUCGGGCGACCGUGAGCGAAGGGAGUCAGGGCACCGGGAGGCUUUGCCUCCGACCCGUCAGCGAUGGCGCUUCAGCCGCGGUUCUGGAAAUGCCUGUCUGUUUGCAGGAACCUGGAGUGUGGGCUGGCAGCCCUCGCGACCAGUUCCACACCAGCGAUUCAGCACGAUGUGGCGACUAAGGAAAACGAAGCUGUGGCCCCAGAGUUCACCAACCGGAACCCUCGUAAUCUGGAGCUCUUAGGGGUAGCCAGGAAAGAGCGGGGCUGGGCUACAGUGUGCAGCCGUGAGUUCUGGCACAGGUUGCGAGUUAUAAGGACUCAGCAUCACAUAGAGGCAGUGGUUGAGCAUCAGAACGGCCAGGUGGUGGUUUCGGCAUCCACUCGGGAAUGGGCUAUUAAAAAACACCUGUAUAGUACCAGAGACGUGGUGGCUUGUGAGAGCAUAGGACGAGUGUUGGCACAGCGAUGCUUAGAAGCCGGGAUCAACUUCAUGGUCUACCAACCAACUCCUUGGGAGGCAUCCUCAGACUCGAUAAAACGUCUACAGAAUGCCAUGACAGAGGGUGGUGUGGUGCUUCGGGAGCCUCGGAGGAUCUAUGAAUAAAACAGAAGCAUCAACUGCUUUAAAGUGUAAGCACAAAACCAUCAGCUCCUCCGGCCACCAGAAGGAAGAAUCUGCUCCUAAACAAAGAAAGAAAGGCAGGCUUUUGGAAGAAGAACCAGAGUGAAAGCUUCAUAGUGAUAAUGUAACAGUGGAGAAUUAUUUAAAGUGAACCUCUUCCCACUUCUUGGUGUGCUUGGGUGGUUUUGUUGUUUCAAUGAAGGGCAAACUUGUCCCUUUUUGUGGACAUGGGAGAUACUUAAGAAAAGCAGUCACCAGUUAUAACCAUCUGCAGAACAAAUUAAAAUGUUUAUAACAA